AUGGCCGAGGAACAUAGUGGGACAACAGAGAUGGAUCGUUUCCCGAAAGUCAAAGAAGAAGACGGGAAACAUGGAUCGCACGAGGAAAAUGGAUCUCACGAAGUUCAUCAUAAAGCACCUUUAAGGGCAUCCAAGAAGGGAAGCCGAAAGCGGAGAAUCACCGUGGAGGAUAUACAGAUUGCAAGGGAGACCGCGGAGCUUUUCAAGUCGAACAUUUUCAAGCUCGAAGUGGACGAACUUAUUAAGGAAUUGAAGCUCAAAGACUCGCACUGCAAGUUGAUGGAAAGAGUGCUUCAUAGGCUUCAUGAUGUUAUUCAACAGGUUUCAGAAUCAAAAGAGAUGACUCUAGAGGAAGCGACAGGUCAUUUUGCACAGAAUAAGCAGAUGAAAGUAUCGGUUCCCUACCCCGACCCCAAACCAACAGCUCUCAAUUACAAAUUUCAAUACAGAACUCCACAAGAUAUAUCGUUGGUGGGAUCGUUUGGGAUCAAAGCUGGGAUUCAGCAGCCUGCACCAAAUGGAAUGGUUAUCGAUGUGGCGUUGACUAUGCCGAAGGAGUUGUUCCAGAAAAAGGACUACAUGAACUUCAGAGCAUUGUACAAAAGAGCAUUUUAUAUUGCGUAUCUUGUCGAGCAGAUCGUUCCAUUGACCAAGAAAGCCGGGCUACCUCUGAAGUUUGCGUACGAGUAUGCGAAUGGGGACGUUUUGUGCCCAACUGUGAGGCUGGAGCCAGUCAAAAGAGACAGUAAAUCAACAAAUAAGGGUAAACAGGAAGACACCCUUUACUUUGAUCACACAGGAUUUUCAAUCAGGCUUUACGUUGCCUUUCCUGACGAUGUUUUUGAUGCUAAGAAGCUGUUGCCGGACAGAAACUGCAUUCGAAUCAAGGCAGAUGGAGUCAGCAUCGAGGAUUUGCCACCUACUCCACUUUACAACUCAUCGAUUCUCACUUCUUGCAGCUACAGCUGCUAUCUAAAGUAUCUCUACACAUCGAAAAAGAUGGCCGAGGCAUUCCGGGAUGCGUGCGUUUUGGGCAACUUGUGGCUCAAGCAGCGUGGUUUUGGAUCGAACAUGAAUAGCGGCGGUUUUGGACACUUUGAGUUUGCAACCUUGAUGGCAGCUUUGCUUGAAGGAGGUGGAGAACACGGAAGCAAGGUUUUGUUGCAUGGAUUUUCCAGUUACCAGCUUUUCAAGGCCACAAUUCGGUACUUGGCGACCCAGGAUCUUUGCGAUGAUGGUUAUCUCUCAUUCUUUUCCAUUGUUGGAGAGCGCAGCUCCGUUUACAAGACCGGAGGCUUCGGUGUUCCGACGAUCUUCGAUAAAAACACUAAGAUCAACAUUUUGUGGAAGAUGAGUGCAUCGUCGUACGGCCUUCUUCGGCAUUAUGCGGAUGUCACCUCGAGACUUCUUAACGAUGUUGUUGAAGACCGAUUCCAGCAGACGUUCAUCAUGAAGGCGAACAGUCCAGUGUUGCAGUACGAUGCCUUAGUGCAGAUACCGCUGGCAGUGCUCGGGAAGGAGCAGGAGUGCUUUGGGUCGUUGGAGAAGAUCUCAUUUAUCACUUUCGACAAGUACGUGUGUGCGAAAAUAUCAAGAAUCCUCGAGGUUGCAUUGCGGGGCCGUGCCGCGUACAUUAAUGUUCGUGUUAGGCGGCCAGUUUUGGACACGUGGUCUCUCGGACAUCGCCGGCCGUAUUCUGAAGUGUCGAACAGCACAAAAAGCAUCGAGAUAGGGCUGAUUUUGGACCCGGCGGAGUCUGAAAAGAGGAUCACUAAGGGCCCCUUGCACUCGCAGAAGACCGAAGGUGAGAAGUUCGCUGCUUUUUGGGGGUCAAAAGCCCAGGUUAGGAGAUACAAGGAUGGAAACGUCCAGUACAGUUGUCUCUGGCCAUCAUCUACGAAGGAAUCGCCAACAAUUACCGUCUUACGGUACAUUUUGGACCUGCACUUGGCACAUUCCGGGGACCUCUCGGACAACAUAGUUGUGAAUAACAGCAGGUUCAAUUCUUUGCUCCCCCGUCCACUUACACCUGCCAUCAACAAUUCGCACCCGCUAAUCAUGCCUUCGCACUUCCAGGAGCUCCGGGCAUCUUUUGACAGUCUUUGCAAGAUUAUAUACCGGCUGGAAGACCUACCGUUGGCAGUGAAGUCGAUUCUCCCUGCUUCUCCGGCACUAAGAGGAACUUCGACACUUGUUCCGGUUCCGUUUGCCGUGACCAAUCCAGACUUCUUCAACGAGUGCAUCUUGCAGUUUGAGAGCUCGACUCGUUGGCCCGACGAGUUGUAUGCGUUGGAAAGGACCAAAACAGCCUUCUUGUUGAAGAUAAGCUCGUUUGUCGACAGGCACAAGGGCUACAAGUGCGUGUUUUCACACGAGAACAUCAUACCUUACAUGGCAAAAGACGUCAUGACCAGGCUUAACGUGCUAACUCCGGAGGGAUACGGCUUCUCCAUAAGGGUUUUGACCGAGAGAGACGAGGUUUUGUAUCUCCGGAUCAUCGAGAAUGCCGAUGCAAGGCAGAAAAAGGCUGCCACAGAUGCUUAUCUUGCCUUUAUGAGGCAUUUCAUGGGCAGAGUCAAGCACCACAGGGCAAUGAGCAGCCUGGUGACUCGUUUCCCCUUCUUUGGGCCCACCGUCAGGUUGUUCAAGAGCUGGCUGGACUCUCAGUUGCUGCUUGUGCAUUUUCCCGACGAGUUGGUCGAGUUGAUCGCCAUUCAGUCGUUUAUAGACCCAGCACCAUUUUCUGACGAGCCUUCGAGUGUUGGUGCCGGAUUUCUGCGCAUUCUAAACUUUAUAGCACACUGGAACUGGCGGGAGGAUCCGCUCAUUCUAGAUCUUUCGAAAAGUCUCGAGGAAGGCGGGGAAUCAGACGCUAUUGAUGCUAAAUUCAAGGAGACACAGGUUGCAGGAAGGAAAACCGGUGCUCUUAGCCCGCAGGAGCACAGAGUGAUGUACGAGAACUUCACAAAGCUCCGGAAAGACGAUCCCAACGGAAGUCAUGUGCAGAUGUUUGUUUCCAGUCGCGAGGACCCAUCCGGAAAGCUGUGGUCGACGAAUUCCAUCGGAAUUCCGAUCAUUUCGCGGCUUACCGCACUUUCCAAGGCUGUCAUGGGCCUAAUUUCACAAUCCACGCAUCUGGACGACAACCUGAUCAAGCUGAUCUUCACACCUGCUUUGAAAGACUUCGAUUUUGUGAUCGAAGUCCGCAGCCCGUUCGACUUGAGAGUGAAGUCGGGAGUUCUUCCUCGACACACUUUCAAGAACUUGAUCCAUCCUCUGCAAGACUUCUCGUUUGUUUCCGAGUGGUGCGACCCACUCCAGGAGUACUAUGAAGAGCUCAGAGCACGAUUCAGCAACGUGGCAGUGCUGACAUCGCACAGAUUCACCUGUCUAAGUGAUGAAGAGAAAGGAACCGGAAAUGUGAUUGCUGGAGUUUUCAAUCCGGCUGUCACUCGCGGGAAAAAGAAGUUCCGCGUCAAUAUUGGUUUUGAUAUCAAGCCAACUGAGGACGAACACGUUGAGUGUAAUAAGGAGUCUAUUCUUGGGCAAAUGGUAAGGUUAGGCGGCGACUUGGUUGUCUCCGUUCACCAGUAUCAUUGA